AUGGCACCCAAAGGGAAGGUCUACAGGGGUUCGGUGAAGGAUUUCCCAGGCUUUGAUGCCAGUCAGGAUGCAGAGGCCUUGUACAAUGCCAUGAAGGGAUUUGGCAGUGACAAGGAGGCCAUCCUUGACCUCAUCACCUCCGUGCCCCCACCCCCCUUUCUCCCCCUCCACCAGGACCUCAUCGCAGACCUCAAGUACGAGCUGACAGGGAAGUUUGAGCGGCUGAUUGUGAGCCUGAUGCGGCCCCCAGCUUACAGUGAUGCCAAGGAGAUCAAAGAUGCCAUCGCGGGCAUCGGCACGGAUGAGAAAUGCCUCAUUGAGAUCCUCGCCUCCCGCACCAACCAGGAGAUCCACAACCUGGUGGCUGCCUACAAAGACGCCUACGAGAGAGACCUGGAGGCUGACAUCGUUGGAGACACGUCAGGCCACUUCAAGAAGAUGCUCGUUGUUCUCCUUCAGGGCACCAGGGAGGAGGAUGACGUGGUGAGCGAGGACCUGGUGGAGCAGGAUGCCAAGGACCUGCUGGAAGCUGGCGAGAUGAAAUGGGGCACGGACGAGGCCCAGUUCAUCUACAUCCUUGGCCGGCGAAGCAAGCAGCACCUCCGCCUGGUCUUUGAUGAGUACCUGAAGAUUUCCGGGAAGCCAAUCGAGAGGAGCAUCCGGGGAGAGCUCUCUGGUGACUUCGAGAAGCUGAUGCUGGCCGUGGUGAAGUGCGUCAGAAGCACGGCAGAGUACUUUGCUGAAAGGCUCCACAAGGCCAUGAAGGGGCUGGGCACGAGAGACAACACGCUGAUCCGCAUCAUGGUGUCCCGCAGCGAGAUCGACAUGCUGGACAUCCGGGAGGUGUUCAGGACCAAGUAUGAGAAAUCUCUUUACAACAUGAUAAAGGAGGACACCUCCGGGGAGUACAAGAAGGCUCUGCUGAAGCUGUGUGGAGGGGACGAUGACCUGGCGGAGCACCUGGACCAGCAGCACCCGCAGCGACAGCGGUUCGGUAUGGGGGGUCCUGGGGCCCCUCGGCACGGGAAGCGCGAUGCCAUGGUCCCUUCUUGGCACGUGGCAGCCCUGCAGGACACAGACAAACACCUGGAGGGGGAGGAUGCUCCCAUGGGGGCCGUUGGGAUUUACCACCCGCUUCCCCUCCCUUCCCACCCAGCUCCUGCCCCCCGCGCCCCGCACACACCGGGUGGCACGGUGGCCAAAGUCGAGCUGCGAGGAACCGUGCAGCCCGCGGCAGGCUUCAACGACGACGGGGACGCACAGGUGCUGAGGAAGGCGAUGAAGGGCCUGGGCACGGACGAAGGGGCCAUCAUCGACGUGGUGACGCAGAGGAGCAACGCCCAGAGGCAGCAGAUCCUAAAGGCUUACAAAGCUCACUACGGCAGGGACCUGAUGGCAGACCUGAAAUCCGAGCUGUCGGGCAGCCUGGCCAAGCUGAUCCUGGGGCUCAUGCUGACGCCGGCGCAGUACGAUGCCAAGCAGCUGCGGAAGGCCGUGGAGGGGGCCGGCACAGACGAGAGCGUCCUCAUCGAAAUCAUGGCCACGCGGAACAACAAGGAGAUCGCAGCUAUCAACGAGGCGUACCAGGAAGCCUACCACAAGCGCCUGGAAGACGACCUGAGCUCUGACACAUCAGGGCAUUUCAAGAGGAUUCUCGUCUCCCUGGCUCUGGGCAACCGUGACGAAGGACCAGAGAACCUCACACAGGCGCAUGAAGAUGCCAAGGUUGUUGCUGAGACCCUGAAACUUGCUGACGUCUCCAGCAACGACUCCAGUGACUCCCUGGAGACCCGCUUCCUCAGCAUCCUCUGCACCCGCAGCUACCCUCACCUCCGCAGAGUGUUUCAGGAGUUCAUCAAAAUGACCAACCACGACGUGGAGCACGCCAUCAGGAAGCGGAUGUCGGGAGACGUGAGGGACGCCUUCUUGGCUAUCGUCCGGAGCGUGAAGAACAAGCCAGCCUUCUUUGCUGACAAGCUCUACAAGUCCAUGAAGGGUGCUGGCACGGAUGAGAGGACCCUCACCCGGAUCAUGAUUUCCCGGAGCGAGAUCGACCUGCUCAACAUCCGGGGCGAGUUCAUAGACCUGUUCGACAAAUCACUGCACCACAUGAUUGAGAAGGACACCUCCAGCGACUACUGCAAGGCUCUGCUGGCCCUGUGCGGGGGGGAUGACUAGGCGGCCAUGGGAGCCCCUUCUUCGUGUCUGAGCCAGCACACGCGCACCCACCGCCUUGAUGUCACUGCAGCUUCGGGGGCUUCGGGGGACACUUGGACUCCUGCAGAGGACAACUCACUUUGCGCUGGAAAGCGGCACCACAUUGCAAGCGGGGGAGUCUCGGGGAGGGGAGCAGAGGGGUCUGGGGAGGGGGAUUCUUGUAUAAUUCAUACCCAAACAUGCCACUAACCCAGGAAUUUACCCAGAUGGAAAAGACAACUGUAAGUCUCAGAAAUAAAACCUUACUGUUGCUGA